AUGAAAGCGCCGGAUCUGAUCACAUCGAAGACAGGGAAGGGUGGAGAGCUUCUCCACGUCCUGCGGCGUUGGCCCUUCGUGUCUGAGCUUCGCAGGAUGGCGGUCGUCGUCCGCCAUCGGGGGCCAGGGCAGGGCUACCAAGAAACGACAGGAGGUGGAAAGGAUCUGGACCGCGUUCUUGCUCUGGUGAAGGGCUCCUGCGAUGCUUUGAAGCCUCGACUGGUCCAAGUCCCACCGAACCUGGACGACAUGCAGGACCAGCUCACGAAAUUCGGCUUUCGCGUGCUCUGCUUGGCUGCGAAGGAGCUUCCUAGUGACAAGGGCAUGGACGCCGAAUUGCUGGAACGAGACGACGUGGAGAGUGGGCUCCAAUUUUGUGGGCUCUUAGUCCUCCGGAACUCGGUGAAGCCGAACACCUCGAACACGAUUCGGCAACUACGCCAAAGUUACCACAGGGUCAUCAUGAUCACGGGCGACCAUCCACUGACGGCGUGCCAGGUGGCCAAGAAUGUGAGCAUGGCAGAAAAUCGCUUUCUCGUGCUGGAUGAUGUGGACGCAUCCGUCGAAGGGCUGGAGUGGAAGUACUGGGACCACCAGGUGCACGACAAGAUCGCAUUCACCGCAGGAGAGGAGCUGCGCAAGUUGGCCCGGAGCCACACUCUUUGCGUCACGGGGGCUGCUCUUGCAAAGAUGAAGAAGGAGGAGGUGGCUGCUGUCGUGGAGGUGACGACCGUCUUCGCACGGGUGUCGCCGCAGCAGAAGGAGCAGGUAGUAGUGGCGCUCAAUACAAAAUCCCACACCGUCAUGGUGGGAGAUGGCACCAACGAUGUUGGCGCACUCAAGCACGCACACGUUGGAAUCUCCCUCAUGACGACCAGCAUCAUUCCGCGCAUACCGACGAGGCCGCAUGCGCAGAAAUCCGUCAACGAGAUGCUGGCCGACAACGGUCAGGUUCCCCUGGUACGGCUUGGCGAUGCCAGCAUCGCCAGUCCUUUUACAUACAAGGGCGAUUCCAUCAAAUGCAGCAUUCAAGUCUUGCGCAGCGGCCGUGCAACGCUCUGCUCCGUCCUCAUGAUGUACAAGAUCAUGGGCCUGAACAGUAUCCUGUCCGCCUUUGCCAUGUCUGCAUUGACCUUGGAUGGAGUCAAGCUCGGUGAUGGGCAAACGGCUAUGGAGUCACUCUUCACGUCGAUGUGCUUCUUUCUGGUCUCCAGGAGUGCGCCUGCAAAGCAGCUGGCAAGGCAGCAGCCGAUCAGCUCCGUCUUCGCCUGGCCAGUCAUGGCGACUCUGGGGGUACAGCUCAUGAUUCACAUGGCGAUUCUGUUCUCUGGCUGGCAGAUGGCAAAUCGCUGGCGCGCGAAAGACUUCAAACGAGAUUUGGAGGGCGAAUUCGCACCGAAUCUGACCAACACCGUCGUGUUCGAGCUUAUGGCUGCGAUGCAUGCGGCCUCGUUCCUUGCGAACUACGAUGGCCACCCUUUCAUGCAGCCUUUGUCUGCCAACCGGCCGCUGAU